AUGAGACGAGCGAGUAUAUCAGAAACUCGACGAUGCAAUCGUGCUUCACAAGAGUAUGGUCAACAACCUGAUACUCAACUUGACGCCGUUCCCUCUUCUUUAUACUACCCUUCCGAAAGGAGACCCUCGGCGGAUCUCGCUGAUGGCUCUUACGCAACACCUGCAUACGGUGCGCAAGGUUCUCACGCAAGACGAGAAUUCGUUCGAUAUCCACCACCAGCUCCUGAUUGGGAAGAGGACGACUACCCCGUACCUUCUAGUCCUACACGACGUCGAAUCGUCUCGACUGAGCCGAGGAGUAUCACCGACUUGGCUCCUCGUACACAUACUACUCAGCGAUCCAUAUGGAAAGGUAAUGAACAACAUAGUGGUCUUCUUGCCAGUUGCAAGGAACGUUGGGAGAGUAUCGUUGUUAAAUAUCCAAAGGAAAUGAUCCCCGAUGUCGAUGACCAAAACAUUACCAUUUUCCUGAAACCAAAUUAUUAUGGACACGAUAUGCUCGAAAAAUUCGAGGAAACCAUUACCACUUGUCUUACCAGAGAUACACGUGAGAACCAUCAGCUUGACUAUGGAUCUGAAAAGAGGCUUGUGCAAGAAUGUCUUAAGCAAGCAAUUGAGAUCCGAAAAUUGCGUCAAGAAGAAGAUGUUCGGGAACAUAUACAAAGACGCUCAGGCUCAAAGUAUCGAUGA